AAUAUUGCAGGUACUUACAAUUACGUAAUGAUCUCUUGUAUCAUUGAGCCGUUCAAAAUAACAUGCAAGGAAGGAAGUAAAGAAGGGACAUUUUUUAAAACUUUUAGUGGAUUGGCCGAUGGGAACGUAUACUUUGGUGAAGCCAAAGACCGGAUGUCCUCCAGGAUGGAUGGAGGGCUGGGGUCGCCAAGACAGUGAGGAUAAAGAUAAUAAAAAUUGGAUUGCCUACGACCAUCAUUUUAAUGGCAGUUCUGGAAGACAUUUUAAGUUUUAUUACUGCACACGGAGUGCUCAUGCUGUUAGUAGUGUAAAGAAAUGGCCGAAAGGAAAUUAUUGUGUAUUAAGACAUGGAGGAUCUUGUCCAUCAGGAUUUCAGUUCGGCAGUGUGUUCUGGGAUGACGAAGAUUCCAAAAAUAGCAAUUCGUACGGUGGGAUAUUACCGAGUGGUGUUUAUUUUUGGGACACACGUAUAAAUUAUUGUUGCAGAGAUGAUGGUCAAUUUGGAAAAAGAAUAAAACUUCCGACAUCUCACCCGUUUUACCUAUUGAGAUUUACCUCCCACUGCCAGCGGGUCAAAGGGAUGUACGUCAGGGAGGAAUUUGCCCGAUUUGAUGACGAAGACAGUAGAAAUAAAAACUCACGCUCUGGAAAAACUCCAAUGGCAGCUGGUGGACGCGACCACCAACUUCUGUACUGUUAUUAUUGGCGAUGAAUAAAAUUAUAUAAAAGUUUGAUCUUAAUUACUUUUAUUUUUAAGGAAUGUUAUGAUAUCAUUGAGUGUUCACGUCUUUUUAUUAUAACUUUGUUAUAUUAUUGCAUAUUCUUUUUAUCAAACAUUGAAAAUUUAGCUUAAAGUUCAUAGAAAAAGAAUUUAAAUCUGAAGUAAUAAUUCAUAAAUGUAACAUUUAGACAAGUAGAUGAAGAGUUUUUAUUAAAGGUGUAAACGACAAUAUUUGACCGACAUGUAUUUUUUCAAUUCUAUUAAAUUUUCAUCACUUAUAUUGUAUUUUGUAGAUACUGCAUAUACGUUUUUUCUCUUCACUUUAACUUCAGUGAUGAGAAUGAAUUUCAUUGUUAUUGAUACCUACUUACUGUUAUAAGUUUUCAAUUGAACCCUCUGAUGGAACCAUUGCAACAGAGUAUAUGCACUUUGAUAGAAUAGAACAAAGUUCAUUCUAAUUCUUCAGUUAAUCUUAUAUUAAUGAAUAUGUAUAUGACGACGGAGAAAAUAUCCAUUCUGAUCCAGGAUGUAGAUACAAUGGUUGCUUUUACAUGUAUCUGUUGUAAGAUGUCUUCUGUGAUACUACAGCAUUCAAAACAUUUUUAAAUUCUAAAUAAGUGUUGUUUUUAGAAGCUCUUAGUUUUCCAGCCUUAUUCUAUUGCACUAGUCCAGGUGGACAAUGCACUUGCUUCUCACCUUGCGACCAGAGUUCGGUCCCCGUGAUCGACAUUAGCAACAUGUGAAAUAGUGGAGUGACAAUACCAUGAACAUUUUGAUUUUAAUGUACCACCCCAACUUACGGUUAGUUUAUACUUUUUUAGGAAGACAUAAUAUCAACUUAUAUUUGUUAUCCGGUUGUAAACAUUCCAUGAUAAAAGUUUAAAAUGAUUAUAGUCAAAGACCAAUGAUUGUAACAUGAUCAACAAUUUAUAAAGUGAAUUAAUUUGAAAAAUUAGCAAUUUACCUAACAGUUUUAAACAUUUUAUAAAAUUUGUAAAUUGUAUACAUUGAUAUGAAACAAAAAUAUUUACAUAUAAUGUCUGUAUGCUUGUUUUUAUGAAUAAGCGUUUUUCUUCAGAAAAUUUUACUUUAAAAGGUAGAAAUGUAUUCAAUA